GUUAUCGGUAAGUUUUAUCGAUAGUUCCGUGACACUGAUUUUGACAGCCCUCAUACAAAUGUUCAAAGUGAAAUGGUACUUGAAAAUAUAAUUAGAAUUAAUUAAUUACAAGAUUUGGUCGGUGUCUAAAAAGUGGUACAAAUCAAGUUCACUCUUUCUGCAGUUAAACUAUUUGUAUUUAUAUCUGUUAAUAAUAAAGAGUCUCCAAAAUAUUGAAAGGUAAUGCAACUCGUGUUACCGAUAUACACAUACACAUUAGUACAUACAUAUGUGUGUAUAUAUUAAAGUUUGAUAGAAAUUAUUUCAUAAACGAAAAACAAAUUGUGUUUAAAAUGGCGGAAGCAAAUGCUGCUGGAACAAGUGUGGAAGGCGCUGUUGGUUUGCUAGCCCCGCACCCUAAUGCUGAACUAAUAAGGGGUCAAAUUUUUGAAGUGGGUCCCAGAUAUACCAAAUUAGCUUACAUUGGCGAAGGAGCUUACGGCAUGGUGGUAUCUGCCGAUGACACGAUAACAAACCAAAGAGUUGCAAUUAAAAAAAUUUCGCCGUUUGAACACCAAACGUAUUGUCAAAGAACACUCAGAGAGAUAACCAUCCUGACCCGAUUUAAACAUGAAAACAGGCUCAGUAAUGACCAUAUCUGCUACUUCCUGUAUCAAAUAUUACGAGGAUUGAAGUACAUUCAUUCAGCAAACGUUUUACAUCGGGAUUUAAAGCCAAGCAAUCUAUUGUUGAAUAAGACGUGUGAUUUAAAAAUUUGCGAUUUUGGAUUAGCCCGAAUUGCAGAUCCUGAGCACGACCAUACUGGCUUCCUAACGGAAUAUGUUGCUACUCGGUGGUAUCGCGCACCUGAAAUUAUGCUCAAUUCCAAGGGAUACACAAAAUCUAUUGAUAUCUGGUCCGUUGGGUGCAUUUUGGCUGAAAUGUUAAGUAAUCGACCAAUAUUCCCUGGAAAACAUUAUCUGGACCAACUAAAUCAUAUUCUUGGUGUCUUGGGAUCUCCAUCGCGCGAAGAUUUAGAGUGCAUUAUUAAUGAAAAGGCACGUAACUAUUUGGAGUCUUUGCCUUUUAAGCCAAAUGUUCCAUGGUCGAGACUUUUCCCAAAUGCCGAUCCCUUGGCUUUAGAUCUUCUUGGAAAAAUGUUGACAUUUAAUCCGCACAAAAGAAUUCCAGUUGAAGAAGCCCUUGCACAUCCCUACUUAGAGCAGUAUUAUGACCCUGGAGAUGAGCCUGUUGCCGAAGUACCAUUUCGCAUAAAUAUGGAAAAUGACGAUAUAUCUCGAGACGCCUUAAAGUCAUUGAUUUUCGAAGAAACUUUGAAAUUUAAAGAACGACAGCCAGAACAAGCAAUUUAAGAAAAAAAAAAAUAUAUUUUUAUAAAUAAAAAGCACCUUUUUAUAUUUUGUUUAGUUGUUUUAAGUAAAACUACAUCCACUUCGUGAUUUAUAUUUUUGCAAUCACUUUCCAUCAUUUUAAUGGGUAAUAUUUUUUAAGAAAACUGGCUGUAAUAAUUUUUAAUAUAUUUGAUAACUGAUAACUACACAAUUAGAAAUUACAGUUCUAUAUGGAGAACAAAUUACACUAGUUUACAACGAUUGCAGGUAAAAUUACAAAAAAAUCACAAAAGUUGAGAAAGUAGCUCCAAAAUAAUGAUGGUUUUUCAUUAAAAAAAAGUUAUUUUACUUGAAUAUAACAAUCAUAACUGUUCUUUUCAGUGGAAGACUUUAAAUAUCAAAUUUCUAUAGAAUAAUUCCGAUCAUCGCCUUUAAUUCUUUAAAUAUAGCUUUAAUUGUACUUUAAAUUUCUCAAAUUUAGAUUAAAUACUGGAUUAUACUAUUGAUGACA